AUGGCGGUCGUCGGGCUCUUUUGCACACAAGUGACAGGCUCAAGGAAAGAGAAUCUUGGCUCGGCCUCACGCGGGUACGAAGAACACCAAGUACUCCUUAUCUUGGUCAGCUUCAUCGUCUUCAACUAUCGCAAGAAAGCAACUGUAGACGGCGCCACCGCGAUGACAUUUUUGUACUCGAAAGGAGCGAUUGGGGGACUCUUCUACCUUCUCGACACGACGCUCUUUGCAUGCUACACUGUCGCUGCCCUCGCAAUUUUCUUCGCUGUGCCGUAUCCAAAGUACGCGGGCCCGCAGACGUAUACCACGUUGACUGGUUCAUUCGUUGACCAACAUGUUCGUAGCAACAUAUCGGACGGGCAGUGGCUCGUCUACUUCCACGCUGACAGUUGCGACGAAUGCAUCUACCAUGACGCCAUGUUUGCCGACUUGUCUCUGGCCCACGGCACAGAUUCCAUUCGAUUUGGCCGCCUCGACGUCGAAGUGCAUCCUGAGAUUGCGCUGGACUUGAAAAUCGACACGAACGCAACGACGACGACGCAACUCACGUCCCUCGUGCUCUUUAACGGCGGGAGGUAAAUCAAGCGCCUCCCUCGCCUCGACCACACCGAGGCAGUCGUCCGCACCAUCCUCGAUUUGCAUGGCGUGGCCGUGUACUUUGUAAGUCUGCAACAGAGCAAGUCCAAAUAGGAUCUUUGGGUGCCUCCGUCAUACACAGACAUAGGUGGA